UCAUGUUGGUCUAACAGAAAGCGCGGGGAGGUGUGGGUACUUAGUUCAUAUUCCGAUCGAUAUAUCUCCGCGAGCUUAUGUUAUGUUUGUUAAUUGGAAAAAAGUUGGCCUCUCACUAAAAAGUCGCAGGUUCGAUUCUCAGCACAGGAUUAAACCAAAAAUUUUAGUUUAUUUUCCAAGUUUACGUUUGGAUCAUAAUUAACACGUGCUCAGCGGUGAAGGAAGUCAUCGUGAGAAAACCCACAUUCCCGAGAAAUGCGUGUCGAAGAGUCACAAUCGACAUGGUCCCUACCACAAACGCUUACAGGCUUGGCCGUCGUGCUAUCUGUAUACCUAACUCUAGUCCUGAAGAUAUUACCAGAUUAUAUGAAGAAUAGAGCUCCAUACAAACUCAAUAAGAUUCUUUCAAUAUACAAUGCAUUUCAAGUCGCCUACUCGACUUACCUUGUCUUUAUUUAUACAAGAUACAUGUUGAGACAUGGAGUAAUAACAACGAGAUGUCCUACAGGACAGGAUUUGCAAGGGGUAAUAUCAGAAAUCUUACCAUACUUCGUUGCAAAACAUCUGGACUUUCUGGACACAAUAUUCUUCGUUCUUCGUAAGAAGGAUAAUCAAAUAUCUUUCCUUCACCUCUACCACCACACGGCUAUGGCUUCAUGGACGUGGCUGCAUUAUUUCUACCAUCCUACAGACCAUUUUGUAGUCGUAGGCCUGUUGAAUAGCUUUGUCCACGUUUUGAUGUAUGCUUAUUAUGGUAUCUCGUCUAUGGGCCCCGAGUACGCAAAGUAUGUCUGGUGGAAAAAGCACUUGACUAAAGUACAAUUGAUACAAUUUAUUCUAGUCGUCUCCGACCUUCAUUACCAGCAGAAGUUGACUCCGUGCAAGAUACCAACAUUCUUCCAUUACUUCUGCAUGUUUAGUAUUGGUUCCUUCUUCUUUCUUUUUCUUAACUUCUAUUUCCGUAGUUACAGAACGAGAAGAAGCAAGAAAGAGUUAGAAGUUAAAGGAAAAGAGACUUUAAAUUUAGAAUGCAGUGUCAAAGCUCGAUAGAAACUGUGUUUUUCAAAAAUUGUUUUAAUUUUUG